AUGGCGUCACUCUCCGGCAUGGGCACUCCCAAGCUGACCUCGGGCGUCGGAAACCUCUACUACGAUUCAAUUCUGCCAUAUCGCGAGGACGCCAACUCCCAGACCCGCGAGUUCCUGGCCCGGGUGGUGGAUGUCCUUCUCGACUUUGUGCAACAAGUCAACGAUAGAAACGAAAAGAUCGUGGAGUUCAAAAUGCCAGAGGAGAUGCAGAAGAUGCUGGACCUUCAGCUCCCUGAGAACCCUUUGCCUCUCAAGCAGCUGCUGGAGGAUUGCAAGAUCACCCUCAGACACCAAGUGAAGACAGGCCACCCGCACUUCUUCAAUCAGCUGUCGUGCGGUCUGGACAUCAUCUCGUUGGCCGGCGAAUGGCUGACGGCCGCCGCCAACACCAACAUGUUCACGUACGAGAUCGCGCCCGUCUUCAUUCUCAUGGAGAACGUGGUUCUGGAAAAGAUGAGGAGCAUGAUCGGGUGGAAGUCGGGGGAUUCCAUUCUCGCUCCAGGCGGCUCCGUGUCGAACCUGUACGCGUUCCUCGCUGCGCGCCACCACAAGUUCCCUCAAUACAAGGAGAAGGGCCUGUCCAGCAUCCCUGGGCAGCUCGUCAUGUUCACCAGCGAUCAGUGCCACUAUUCGGUGAAGUCGUGCGCGUCCGUGGGAGGGCUGGGCACCGACUACUGCGUGUGCGUGCCUUCGGACGAGCGAGGACGGAUGAUCGCCAGCGAGCUGGAGCGGCUCGUGCGCUACCACCGCGACCAGGGCCACGUGCCGUUCUUCGUGAACGCGACGUCCGGCACGACGGUGCUGGGCGCCUUCGACCCCCUCACGGACAUCGCCGACAUCUGCCAGAAGUACGACAUGUGGAUGCACGUGGACGCGGCUUGGGGCGGCGGCUUGCUGUUCUCCAAGAAGUAUCGCCAUCCCCGCCUAACUGGGAUCGAGAGAGCGGACUCGGUGACUUGGAAUCCUCACAAGCUGAUGGGGACAUUGCUGCAGUGCUCCACUGUUCACUUCAAAUACGAGGGCAUUCUGCUCAGCUGCAACGCGAUGUCUGCGGAGUAUCUCUUCAUGACGGACAAGAUCUACGACCCUCGCUACGACACCGGGGACAAGGUGAUCCAGUGCGGCCGACACAAUGACAUCUUCAAGCUGUGGCUACAGUGGAGAGGAAAGGGCACCUCCGGCUUUGAGCGGCUCAUGGACCGUCUGAUGGAGUUAUCGGAGUACAUGGUGCGACGCAUCCGCGAGCAGAGCGAUAAGUUCCACCUCAUCCUCGAGCCCGAGAUGGUCAACGUGAGUUUCUGGUACUUGCCAAAACAGCUGCGAGGCGUGCCCCACGACGCCAACAAGGAGAUCAAGCUUGGGAAGGUGUGCGCAAAGCUGAAGGGGCGCAUGAUGCAGGCCGGCACCAUCAUGGUGGGAUACCAGCCGGACGACAGGCGCCCCAACUUCUUCCGGAACAUCAUCUCGUCCGCCGCCGUGACCGAGAAGGACGUCGACUUCCUCCUCGCCGAGAUGGACCGCCUCGGCCACGACAUCGUCGUCGACUAA